AUGGAGGGUCUUUUCUUCAACGUCAACAGUGGCUACAUUGAGGGCAUCGUUCGUGGCUACAGAAACGGCCUUCUUACCGGCUCCAACUAUGCCAAUCUGACGCAGUGCGAGACCAUCGAUGAUCUCAAGCUGCAACUCGGUCCUGCCUACGGCGACUUCCUCGGCAACCUCCCUCCCAACCCUUCGACGUCAGCUCUCGCCGCGAAGACGACCGACAAGCUUGUCUCCGAAUUCCGCUAUGUUCGCGCCAACGCCGUCGGCUCUCUUGCCCAGUUCAUGGACUAUCUCACCUACGGUUAUAUGAUUGACAACGUCGCCUUGCUGAUUACCGGCACCCUCCACGAACGAGAUACCCGCGAGCUUCUUGAGAGAUGCCACCCCCUCGGCUGGUUCGAGACGAUGCCAGUACUCUGCGUCGCGACGAAUAUCGAGGAGUUAUACAACAGCGUUUUGAUUGAGACGCCCCUUGCCGCCUACUUCAAGGGCAGUCUUAGCCACCAGGAUCUUGACGAGCUCAACAUCGAGAUUGUCCGAAACACGUUGUACAAGAACUACUUGGAAGACUUCCACAACUUUGUCAACACCCACCCUGAUAUGGCAGGCUCGCCAACAGCUGAGGUCAUGUCAGAAAUCCUGGAGUUCGAGGCCGACCGCCGCGCGAUCAACAUUACCCUCAACUCUUUCGGCACGGAGCUUAACAAGAAUGACCGCAAGAAGCUGUACCCCAGCUUUGGUAAACUGUACCCGGAGGGAACCUUGAUGCUUUCUAGGGCGGAAGACUUUGAGGGUGUCCGUCUUGCGGUUGACGGAGUGGGUGACUACAAGAGCUUCUUCGAGGCAGCGGGCCUCGGCGGCGGUCCCUCUGGCCCGGGUAACCAGGGCGGCGGUGGCUCAAGCUCCGACGGCAAGAGCCUUGAGGAUAUGUUUUACCAAAAGGAGAUGGAGAUUUCCAAGAGCGCAUUCACUCAGCAGUUCACCUUUGCUAUCGUGUAUGCGUGGGUGAGACUCCGUGAACAGGAAAUCCGCAACAUCACCUGGAUCGCCGAGUGCAUAGCUCAGAACCAGAAAGACCGGAUUGGCAACUACAUCAGCGUGUUCUGA